AUUCUAUCGUAAAAUUCUACAACUUAUCAUUCAGAUAAGCAUAAUCCUACAAAUUAAGAUUGCAAUUUUUUAUCGUUUAUUCAGAAAGUAUAAAUUCGCAAGAAAGCACUGAGAUCUUCUAGUCUUUUCGGUUCAGUCAGAAUUGUUCAUUUUCAGAGAAAGUAACGCAAAAAAAGGGAAUAAAGAUGAAAUAUUUGAUUUUAGCUUUGUGUUUCGGUCUUACAUUAGGACUUGAAUUUGAUCGUCCAUGCCGUGAUGAUGUUGCAGCUAAGGAAAAUUUCUCACCAGCUUUCUACACCGGAAUCUGGUUCGAACUUUACAACAGUCUUGAACAAGGAUUUGCAGAAUGCAUUGAUCAUCAUUAUACUCGUAGAGGAUUGCAACAAGUUUUCGAUGUUGAAAGAACCGGUAGAAUGGACGGCGUUAUGGUUAGAGAAACUGGAAUCGUUCGUGUUGCUUUCCCUGAAGAAACUCCAAUGAGAGCCAUUUUCAAUGGAACAAUCAAUCGCAUCACAGGAGAGGUUAUCCCAUAUUUCUAUAGAAUCUAUGCAACAGAUUACACAAACUAUGCCAUCGUCUGGUCAUGCAUUGAUCUCGAUAACAACAGAUCACGCGAAGAAGGUCAAAUUGUCGGUCGUCAAACACAAUUGACACCAGCAGUUUAUGCUAAAGUUGAUGCUCUCCUUGAAGAAAUUGGAUUGAACAGAGAAGAUUUCAGAUUUAUUCUUCAUACACCUGAAGCUUGCGGCCUAGUUGAAUAAUGUGUAAAAAUUGAAAAUCAAUAAAUUGGUUAAUUGUUAAAAUUAUUCUAAGACUUUUAAUUUGCUAUGUGUGGAGCUUAAGUAACAAUUUUUACAGUUGAAAAUUGAGUGUGUAUAUGAUU